CCAGCUGCCAUCCAGCCAGCCCUGCCAGCGCCACCUCAGCAGGCGCAGCACCGAAACAAGAGGAAGAUGAGAGGUCGCGACGAUAGGAGGAACCGUCGACCAGGAGCCCCAGCUCAGGCAGCACCACCGGUCCCGCAGCCCCCAGCUAUUUGCGCUACUUGUCAGCGCGUCCACCGGGGAGAGUGCCUGGCUGGGCAGGACAUUUGCUAUCGUUGCCGCAGGCCCGGUCAUAGGAUCGCAGACUGCCCAGAUCGCCCACAGCCCCAGCAGGGCCAGAGACCUCCAGCUCAGAGACAGCCAGCUCCGAGACAGCCAGUUCAGCACCCACCUCGAGGUGCACCUGCCCGUAUUUACGCACUUGACCAGGAGCAGGCCGCCGAGCAGCCAGGUACCAUGUCUGGCAUGCUCUCUUUACUCGAUGUACCUGUCUUUGCUUUGUUCGAUACCGGGGCGACACAUUCGUUCGUCUCGACCAAGUGUCUAGAGGCCAUAGGGGUUCAGGGUGUGAGUGACGUCGACCCCCUCGAGAUCAGCCUAGCUUCAGGGAGGAAGAUAGUCACGAGUUCCCUGGCCAAGAACCUUAGCAUGUGUAUUGGAGGCAGAACUCUAGAGGUAGACGCGUUCGUGAUCGAGAUGACGGACUUCGACCUUAUUCUCGGCAUGGAUUGGUUGGAGAGAUAUCACGCAGACAUCCAAUGCCGUGAUAGAGAGGUGACGUUGCACUUAGCCGAUGGAGACCACAUCACAUUCUUCGGGACAAGGACGAGGACUUUACCGCGUAUCAUUUCCAUGGCGAAGGCGUCUAAGUGCCUACGGAGGGAGGAUUGUCAGGGCUACCUAGUCACUAUACUCGGGGAACCUUCGGAGGAGCGCAUGCCCGAAGAUGUAACCAUAGUGAGAGAUUUCGUGGACGUCUUUCCGGAUCAGCUACCGGGAGGACCACCUAGUCGUCAGGUGGAGUUCACGAUCGACCUAUUUCCUGGAGCUGGGCCAGUGUCGAAAGCGCCGUAUCGUAUGGCGCCGAAGGAGCUUCAGGAGUUGAAGGCUCAGAUUCAGGAGUUGUUGGGUCUCGGCUUCAUCCGGCCGAGCGUUUCACCUUGGGGAGCACCUGUCCUCUUUGUGAAGAAGAAGGACGGGACACUGCGCAUGUGCAUCGACUACCGGGACUUGAACCGGUUGACGGUGAAGAACAAGUAUCCACUCCCCAGGAUAGAGGACUUAUUCGAUCAGCUGAGAGGUGCCCGUGUGUUUUCCCCGAUAGAUCUUCGUUCGGGUUACCAUCAGUUGAGGAUUCGGGAGUCUGACGUGGCGAAGACCGCGUUUCGUACCCGAUACGGUCACUAUGAGUUUGUCGUGAUGCCGUUCGGCUUGACCAAUGCGCCGGCGGUAUUCAUGGAUCUCAUGAACUGUGUCUCCCACCCAUUCUUGGACCAGUUUGUCAUCGUCUUCAUAGAUGACAUUUUGGUCUACUCGAGGAGCACAGCCCAGCAUGAGGAGCAUUUGAGGAUCGUGUUGGAGACUCUUAGGCGGGAGAAGCUGUACGCCAAGUUCUCGAAGUGCGAGUUUUGGCUUGAUCGAGUGGCAUUCCUCGGUCACAUUGUUACGUCCGAGGGCAUUGAG